AAAAAAAAAAAAAAGAGAAAGAAAACAGAGAGAAAAUGGAGCUGAACCAGCAGGAUUACUUAGAAGAACUGCUAGGUCUAAGGAGAGAUACAUGGGACAAUUCACUUACAUUUACAGAAACCAACGAAGACUUCUUCUUCUCCAACAAUGACUGGAAAAAUUUGAGUUUUGAUGGUUUCGACACGGACCUAGAAGCCAUUAAUCUUCAAAAUUCUUUCUUCACUACUGAAGAAUUUUCCGGGAAAGUAGCUGGUGGAGAUUUCUGUUACUCUUCUUUCGAUUUAUCGACAGCGGCGGCUAAUUCCUCCGAUGUUCCCUUUGCCGACGAUAAUAUCUGCGGUCAGCAGAUCACCAACUCGUCGCAAAACACGUUCGAUACGCCGCCGUUUCAUGAUACGCCGCCGCUUCAGGAUACGCCGCCGUUUCAUAUGCAGGAAGAUUGUAACUCGUUUGGAUUGGCGGAAGAUUUGCAGGCUUGUUUCCAAGUUGAGUCGCCGCCUGUUUUCAGCAUUAGGAGAAAAAAUGGGCGAGGGAAGAAGAUGGAAGGUCAGCCGUCGAAGAAUCUAAUGGCGGAGAGGAGGAGGCGAAAGCGGCUUAACGAUCGACUUUCCAUGCUAAGAUCCAUUGUACCCAAUAUAAGCAAGAUGGACAGAACAUCAAUUCUUGGAGACACGAUAGAGUACAUGAAAGGAUUAAUGGAGAGAAUCAAGACUCUGCAACAAAAAAUUGAAGAAGGUGGUUCAGAUGAUCAGUUGAACAUGGUGAAUAUUUUCAGGGAUGUAAAAAAACCAAAUGAAAUCUUAAUAAGAAAUUCACCCAAGUUUGUCGUAGAGAGAAGAAGUAGCGAUACCCGAAUUGAGUUAUGCUGUGCGGGGAAGCCAGGAUUGUUACUGUCUACGGUACAUACUCUAGAAGCAUUAGGGUUGGAGAUUCAAAAGUGUGUUAUAAGCUGUUUUAAUGACUUUGCAAUGCAAGCUUCUUGCUCUGAGGAAAUUGAGCAGAGAAGAGCAAUAGGCUGUGAAGACAUAAAGCAGGAAUUGUUUAGGAAUGCUGGUUAUGGAGGAAGAUGUCUGUAGAAUUCUUUUUUUCUUAGCAAUCAAAAAGGGUGAGACUUUUAGGUUACAACAAUUCGUCUCUGUAAUUUCAAUUUUUGAGUGAGAGCAUUGUGGUAAUUUUGUUUUUUUAAUAAUAAAUAAAUCCUACCCAUC